CGGCGGCGGCGGCGGCGGCGGCGGGGUCGGCGAUGGCUUUCGAGGCGCUGGCGGAGGCGGCGGAGCGGUGGUGCGCCCGCACGCCCUUCCAGCUCAUCGCCGCCGAGGAGACGGAGCGGCGCAUGGACUUCUACGCCGAGCCCGGCGUCUCUUUCUACGUGCUCUGCCCGGAGGCCGCCUGCGGCGACAAUUUCCAUGUGUGGAGCGAAAGUGAGGACUGCCUACCUUUUCUGCAGCUUGCACAGGACUACAUCUCCUCCUGUGGGAAAAAGACACUCCAUGAAAUAUUGGAAAAAGUCUUCAAAUCCUUCAGACCUUUACUUGGGCUUCCAGAUGUUGAUGAUGAUGCAUUUGAAGAAUAUAACGCAGAUGUGGAAGAAGAGGAACCAGAAGCCGAUCACCAACAGAUGGGUGUCAGUCAGCAGUGAUUUUCGGAGAAGCUAUAAAAAAAUUCGGAAGCCUUUGGUACCAGGUGGGGUCAGGUGGUCCCACGUUAGCCUGUUUGAAUUAGCACAUCACAAGGGGAUUAUCUGGCUGCCAAGAUAAAAGUUUUACAAAAAACGGUUAAAAAAAAAAAAUUAAUAAUAAUCCGUGAUGAGCUUUGCUAAGAAGUGACCUGAAUUUUGCUCCUGCUUCAGUGGGUUUUCUAUGGAGUUGUCUUGGUAGCAUUCUGCCGUUAUCAGUGUAGAAGUAGUUUUGUCGCUGACUUGUCUCUUCGAUUUGUGUUCGAGAGUAGUGUUUGCUGACAUGAAUGUAGAGUACUGAGAAUGUAGGAGAUGUGUGGGAAGAGUGCCCAGUCCUCACCAGUGACCUUUCCAAGGAAACCAGGGCAGAGAGCAAACACAACCUGCGCUUCUCUUUUUAGUUCAACAGCUAUAGGUUUUUGACAAAGUACCAAACGUGGAGAGACUUCACCUGAAAAACAGUAGUUUAGUAGUGGUUGGUGCUGCAGAAGUGCAUAUGAAGGCUUAACAAAAAUAAUGGGAAGUAGGAAAUUCAGGAGGUUUCAGACAUAUUGAUGUCGUAUCACUGACACCUGGGUUUCCAAGUGCUGAAUUAAUAACUGGGAGUAACUGGCACCAACAGCACAAAUUACAACCAACCCUGGUACUCCAACACCAUGUGAUCCAAAGGCAAGUGCUGCUUUCUUACAAAUCAAGUAAAAAAUAGUCAUCGCCUUUCCCACUUCUGCAUGACAACUAACUUCAAGCUUUGCUGGUUUUUGAUACACUGCCAAAUUAUUAUUCAAACCUUGUGGCAUUGUGCGUUAGAACCAUAGAAUCGUAGAAUGUGCUGAGUUGGAAGACACCCAUCAGGAUCCUCGAGUCCAACUCCUGGCCCUGCGCAGGACACCCCAAGAGUAACACUGUGUGCCUGAGAACAUUGUCCAAAUGCGUCUUGAGCUCUGUCAGGCUUGUGUGACCACUGUCCUGGGGAACCUGUUCUGGUGCCCAACCACCCUCUGGGUAAGGAACCUUUUCCUGAUACCGAGCCUGAACCUCUCCUGAAUCAGCUUCAGGCCAUUCUCAGGUCCUGGCACUGGUAAUGAGAAUGAAGAGAUCUGUAGCUGCUCCUCUUCUUCCCCUCCUGAGGAUGCUGAAGACCACAAUGAAGUCUCCCCUCAGUCUCCUCCAGGCUGAACAAACCAAGUGACCUCAGCCACUCCUCACCAGGCUUCCCUUCCAGAUCCUUCACCAUCCUUGUUGCCCUCCUCUGGAUACUCUCUAAAUAGUUUAAAGUGUUCUUUGCAUUGUGGUUCCCCAAACUGCCCCCAGCACUUGAGGUGAGGCCUCCCCAGUGCAGAGCAGAGCAGACCAGGACAGUCCCCUCCCUUGCCUGGCUGGUGCUGCUGUCCCUGAUGUCACCCAGGACACGCUUGGCCCUCCUGGCUGCCAGGGCACUGCUGACCCACAUUGAACUUGCCAUCCACCAGAACCCCCAGGUCCCUUUCCACAGGGCUGCCCUCCAGCCUUUCAUUCCCUGGUCUUACACACAACCAGGGUUGCCCUCUUUGAGGUGCAGAAUCCAGCACUUGCCCCUUUAAACUGCAUACAGUUGGUGAUUGCCCAUCUCUCUAAAAUGUCAAGGUCUCUGCAGGGCCUCUCUGCCCUUGAGAGAGUUGACAGCUCCUCCCAAUUUAGUGUCGUCAGCAAACUUACUUAGUAUUUCUUCAAGUCCUGCAUCCUGAUUGUUAAUGAGAUGUUGAAGAGCACAGGGCUAAGGAUGGAGCCCUGUGGAACCCCACUGGUGACAGAUCGCCAGUCUGAUGUCACCCUAUUCACUGUAAUCCUUCAUGCCCAGCCUGUGAACCAGUUGCUCACCCAUCCCAUGACAUGUUUAUCCAGCUGUGUGCUGGACAUUUUAGUCAGAAGGAUACUUUUGAUACAGUAUCAAAAGCUUUACUGAACUCCAAAUAUAUUACAUCAACUUGCUUCCCUUGAUCAGGUAGGUGGAAUACCUUGUCAUAAAAGGAAAUAAGGUUUGACAAGCAGGACUUUCUCUUUGUGAAGCUAUGCUGGCUGUGACCAAUGACUGCAUUGUACUCCAGGUGUUUUUAUGUACCUUCCAGAAUAAUAUUUUCCAUGAUUUUACUGGGCACUGAAGUGAGACUGUCAGGCCUGUUGUUUCCAGGAUCUUCCUUGAGUGCAACUUGAAUGCAACUUAACACUGAAGCCAUAAGGGUAUCAACCAGCACCUGGCUCUUAAAAUUAAGCUGGGCAUGUUCCUGGGUCUUUGAGCUGGUCUGGGCAUUUACACCUUAUUGGAGGGGAGCUGAAAUACUGCUUCAGUUGAUAUAAAAUCUAGUGAGGUUUUACUUAUCGGGGGAGUUGCUCCCCGACGGGUUUGGCAAGGGUCUUGGUAUGAAGGAGAAGAUGACCCCUCAUGUUUUUUACCUGUUUUGUGUCGUUCCAAGUAACUUGGAUGAAUGCCAGACUGUGAAGAUGCAGGGUCUCUUUCUUUACUUGCCUUUUGUACUAAAAAUAUAAAAAGCAAAGGUAAUUCUGUUGUAAUACAGCUGUUUUCCACAAUCAAGAAAGAUGUUUCUAAAUUUCUUCCUUUUUUCCAAUUUUUUAAAAAUUGUGAAACAAAAGUCACACACUUCAAAAGCCCUUUUAUACAGAAUUAGCUUUAUAAAAACAAAGAGCAAAUGAAGAGAAAAUGCUUGGACAACUCCUAUAAACAACCCGCAUCUUUUUGAAAA